GGGGCGCGGGCUGGCGGCGGAGCGGCUGCGCGCCGGGGCCAUGCCGCGCUCCUUCCUGGUGGACUCACUGGUGCUGCGCGAGGCGGGCGAGAAGAAGGCGCCCGAGGGCAGCCCGCCACCGCUGUUCCCCUACGCGGUGCCCCCGCCGCACGCGCUGCACGGUCUCUCGCCCGGCGCCUGCCACGCGCGGAAGGCCGGGCUGCUGUGUGUGUGCCCGCUCUGCGUCACCGCCUCGCAGCUGCAUGGGCCCCCCGGGCCGCCCGCGUUGCCGCUACUCAAGGCGUCCUUCCCGCCCUUCGGCUCGCAGUACUGCCACGCGCCCCUCGGCCGCCAGCACUCGGCCGUGUCGCCCGGGGUCGCUCACGGCCCCGCCGCCGCUGCGCUUUACCAGACCGCCUACCCGCUACCUGACCCCAGGCAGUUCCACUGCAUCUCCGUGGACAGCAGCUCGAACCAGCUACCCAGCAGUAAGAGAAUGCGUACGGCGUUCACCAGCACACAGCUGCUAGAGCUGGAGCGCGAGUUCGCCUCCAACAUGUACCUGUCGCGCCUCCGACGCAUCGAGAUCGCGACCUACCUGAACCUGUCGGAGAAGCAGGUGAAGAUCUGGUUUCAGAACCGCCGCGUGAAGCACAAGAAGGAGGGCAAGGGCAGCAGCCACCGCGGUGGCAGCAGCGGAGGCAGUGGCGGCGGCGGCUCUGCUGGUGCAGGUGCCGGUGCUGGCAGUGGCGCGCCGCCAGGCUGCAAGUGCGCGUCGCUCUCCUCAGCUAAAUGCUCCGAGGACGACGACGAAUUGCCCAUGUCUCCGUCCUCCUCCGGGAAGGACGACCGGGAUCUCUCGGUCACUCCCUAGGC